CUCCCCUUUCUCCCAGUGCUCUGCAUUGCUCCCACCAUCGGCACACAGGACAGGCACCCGAAACCUCUUCCCUCGUUCCCACGACUGAAUACCCAAACAUAUCAUACGCUCCGAACGCAUAACCGCCUCAAGGACUCCUAUGUACUUCCAGAACCUGUCGUUCCAGGACGUCCUGGACGACUUGCAAAGUCGCUUCAUCAUCAACGUCCCCGAAGAAGAGCUCUCCUCCGUCGAACGAAUAUGUUUCCAAAUCGAGCAAGCCCACUGGUUCUACGAGGAUUUCGUCCGCGAGGAGAACCCGCGCCUGCCUUCGUUCUCGCUCAAGAACUUUUGCGCGCAGUUCUUCCGCCACUGUCCUUUGCUUCAUCGAUGGGCGCAUGACCAUGAGACCGCUUUUCAGAAUUUCAUGCAGUAUAAAGUUAGGGUGCCUGUGUGUGGCGCUAUUAUAUUGAACGAGAAGAUGGAUAAGGUCCUGCUGGUAAAAGGAUGGAAAGCGAGUUCAGGAUGGGGCUUCCCGAAAGGCAAAAUCAACAAGGAUGAGCCGGAAGCUCCCUGCGCAGCCCGCGAAGUGUUUGAAGAGACGGGAUUCGAUAUUACUCCGUAUCAGCGAGUCAACGAGUAUGUGGAACGCACGAUCAAGGGGCAGCGGAUCAGGCUAUACAUUUUGACCGGCAUUUCCGAGGCUACUGUGUUCGUGCCCCAGACUCGGAAGGAGAUAGGGGAUAUCCGAUGGCAUAGACUGAACGAUCUGCCUGGUUGGAACAAAGUUCCAAUCACUGAUGAGAAUGGGCCGAGGAACAAGUUCUAUAUGGUCACCGCAUUCGUGAGUGGCCUUCGACAAUGGAUGGCAAAAUACCGGUCGGCAAAGAAGAGAGGAAAGGGGCGGAACGACCGCCACUUGGCUGUCGUUAUGGGCUACAAUACCGGCACCGACAGCGAAGGGGAAGGCACGGAUACUGGCGGAAAGUCAGGUGCUGAAGGGGCGGGUAUUCCGGUCAUCAAGAGCGUCGUUCAUACUGUGACGGAGUUCGUGGAGACGCAACAGAUACCCGUGCAUCAUGCACCGCUUCCGGCCAUGGACCCGUUGGCAGCAGCUCAGUCGAUCAAAAACCUUAUUGGGAUCGGUGGGUUUGGAUCUGGCGGUGGAGCCGACGUGCGUACAGUGCAUGCGACGGGCAAUCCGGCGAUGGGCACGUCGGCGGCAUCUUUCGCCCCUCAGAGCUUCCCCAUGCCCUCGGAAGCAUCCUUCAGUCAAACGAGGACUACCUAUUCGCAACAGCCGGGAGCAUACGCGUCUCAGGCAACGGUGCAAUUUACAUCUGGGCCUGUAUCGACGUACCCCGGUGCUCAGUCCUCGCCGUUCAUUGGAGGCGUACAGAACUUAGCUCCCUCCUACGGACAAAAUUCUGGCGCGACUCAUCCGUAUGACAAUCUUCCCCCACACCCGGGUCAGCUGGAUAAGCAAGCCCACAAAAAGUCCCUGCUCGACAUCUUGACGAAAGGCAGCAGCUCGGAUCUGUUUGGAGGUUCUAGCGGUCAAAGCACGUCUCAAUACGGGGCAGGAAACCAGAUGCCUGUUUUGCCCACGCCUCCCCAACAUCCGAGUUUCCGACCGCUGCCCGAAGCUAUGCAGUCCAAUGGCUUUCCCACAUCUGCCCCACCACCCCCAACGGGAGUGCAUUUCGAACACCCGCCCGUUCAAAGCCGCGGGGAGAGCACGGACGCCCCGAAACCGUACUACGCCCAAACACCACCCGCAACGCUGCACCCUCAACCAUCGUUCGAGUUCCGUCCCAACAACCCUGCGCCUUCCGCUCCGCCCACCAAGUCAGACAAGCAGCAGCUGCUGAUGGACAUUCUGCGCGGCGGGACAGGACCAACACCCACCGCAUCGAGACCUCCUGCUUACGGCGGACCCGAGGUGCAACAACAACAGGCAAACGCAUACGCACCACCACCCAUGCCCGCACGCGUACCCAGUUUCACGCGGCCGGAGGAGUCAUCCGCGGCCGACCAGCUGAAGUCGAUUCUGGGCAUUGGUGGACUCUCGCUGGGAUCGCCGGCUGCGUCGGUCGUUUCAUCGGGGCCAUCGGUCGCAACCGCCAAGCCGCGGAAGACCCGGAAAGCAGCGAAUGAGGACAGUGUACGUGGUGGACCAGGGAAAACCAUCCCGGACCCCAUCAGCACAGCCCAAACCGCGUCCUCCCACCGUUCGGGCCCCUCGUCCGCAUCGCCCUUAACAGCCGGCUCCGGGUCAGGUAGAAACCGCAACAAAGCGGUAGGCGCCAACCACACUUCCCCGUCCAAACAGACCCGCACCCCCACAUCCGUCGAGUCGCCGUCGAGAAUAGAUACGGAACAAGCAGCUAACGACCUCAAAGCUCUGUUGGGGUUGACGUCCACAUCCUCUUCCGCCCAGCCGCCCCGGUUUCCGAAGCAAGGCGGACUCCCCUUCGCAGGCAUCGAGGGCGGGAUCACGCCGCCGACACAUCACCGGUCGCCUGCUGCUGCGUAUGGAACUAUCCCGCCUUCUGUCGUUCAGAGCGGUUACAAUAAUCAGGAGGCGACUCAACACCAACACCAACAACCGCAAGAAUCGUAUCCGCAUCCAGGAGCCCUGUACGCGGACCCCCGCCGCACCCAGAGCGAGUUUACGAUGUCCGGGUUCGGAGACGAAGAGGCGAGGAGUGAUCGGCCGUUGUUGAGGGCUGCUAGUGGGCCGGUGCAUUAUACCCCUGGGUAUUGAAGUCUUUUAGUAAUUUUGGAGGGGUUCUGUCUGGUUGUGUUUCUUUUGCCGAUAAUUUACACCUGAAACGAAUGCGCUAUUAUAACAUGGCGUUGUGAUAACUGAAUCUACCCGUUGAGUGACUAUAUAUACCCUUUAUCGUCUUCCUUUUGCUUCGAUCAAUACUGUGCAUGUGCUUUGCAACUGCCACCCCGCAACGGGUCUCCUUGGUGUUCCCUCAGCAGGACAAAGAGGAUAUCGGAAGAGCACGCGAUUUGGCGAC